UCCACAGGAGAAUGUAACAUCUUCAGUUUUCACAUAAUAUCACAUUCGCAUUCGCGCUCGUCAAUUAUUAAUAAUUCGUCAGUUUAUUUUUGAUCUUGAUACUUUUACUGUUUAGAUAUUAAACAUAUCGUCGAAAACCAAUAUAAAAAGAAAAAUCGUAAAUCUUAAAAACCAUGGCCACUUCCGUAGCGACUAAUCCUUCAACUUUGCUUCCACUUGAACUUGUGGAUAAAUGUAUUGGCUCAAGGAUUCACAUUGUAAUGAAAAACGAUAAAGAAAUAGUUGGUACCUUAUUAGGGUUUGAUGAUUUUGUCAACAUGUUGCUUGAAGAUGUAACUGAAUAUGAAUCUACACCUGAAGGAAGACGUGUUACUAAAUUGGAUCAAAUAUUGUUAAAUGGAAAUAACAUAACAAUGUUGGUUCCUGGUGGUGAAAUGCCUGGAGAAUAAAAUUGUAUAUUAAUAUUUUUAUUGAAAUAUUAAAUAAGUCAUAAGCAUACAUUAUAUGUUUAACUAUUAA